CUCACAUGUUUAAAUAUAAAUCUUCUGAACUUUGUGGUAUAUAAAGUAAUGAAAGUAAGUAUAUGAAAAAUUAAGGAAAUAAUUCUUGAAAAUAACUAUAAGGCUAAUUGCAAUGAAAAUAAGAGCUAUCGUACCUAAUAGUUUUGUUAACAUUUCAAAAUACACUGGAUAAAUAAGGAUGUAUAUAUAGGUACCAUACGACAUUCAAAUGUAGAUAUUAACACCAAUUUGUUGGGUGUAUUAGCUUAUUUAAUGUUUUAUGGAGUUUAGUUGUUUUAACUGAUUUUGCAAUUGAAUAUUAAUGCAAUAAUAAACGAAGGUUUAAUUUCAACUACAUGUUUGAAUAUAAUCUCAUGUACUGUGAAGUAAAAGUCACUAAAAUUACAUAGUUGGUUUAAAUCGCAAUUCAAUUAUAAGUCAUCACUGUCUAAUUUAGUUGAUUAUUUUAAAUGUAUUAUUUAGACUGUCUUAUAUUACUAAAAUGCACAUGUAUUUUUAUGUUUUACAUAAGAGUCAGUGGUCAGACUACAGGUAUAUCCGACCUUCAUAAGAGAGUAAAAUAAAAGUUUUAUCCGGUUUCGGAGAAACUCAUCCUUAUGAUUGGGGCGAAUGACUUUUUGAAGGCAACAACCAGGACUGGUAGACCAUCAGCUGAUUGGAGACAAGCCAGUUCUGCAGGUUCGGUGAACAGCUGUUGGGACUUCGGAGGAUGCCUACACCAAAUUCAUCCGGCCGGAUAGGACUCUGCGUCAGCGGUCAAACUGUAUCCGACCUCCAUAAGAGAGUGAAGGAGAAGUUUUAUCCGAUAUCGGACAAAAUCAUCAUUAUGAUUGGGACGAAUCACGUUUUGCAGAAUGCAGAUAUUUCGACAACGUGUAGGGAACUCUCUGCACUCAUCAAAACACUGCAGGAAAUUGUAAGAAGUAUAAUCCUGCUGACCCUGCCGCCGAUACCAAAGCUGGAGGAAAAAUACGGUCCGAGCCAUUUCAAACUCUUGGAGCAGUACAAUGGCCACAUCUGUAGCUUGGAAAAUGAAGAGUAUGUAAGGGUAGCCGACAUCAGCCCACUGUACGUGACCUCAUCUCCACGCCAGAAGUGCCUUAUGCAUCUGUUUGAACGAUUUUUCUCUGGAAGAGCUAGACGACCAGAUUUAAUUAACCUCAAUCGGCAAGGUCUUAUAGUUAUGCGUAAGUAUAUCCUUGACAAUUAAUUGUUUAUAAAUUUUAGAUUUUCUUUUACUCUGUAAAGUUUUAGUGUUUAUAUAACUUUAUAUCUGGACAUUUUAUUGUUAUAAAAACAACAUAGCAUGUAAGUUCUUCAUAAUUGGAUUUAUGUACUAUGCCACACCAAAGAUUUGUAUGAGAUCAUGUCUUCCAAUCUUUAGUGAACUGAUAAGUGGGAAAACAUGUUUCUUUUAAUUAGGUUUAAUAAAGUGUUACAGAUAUAUUAUUGCUCAUUUAAACAAAUUGUAUAUAACUGUUUAAAACUAUUUUGUGAGUAAUAGUAUACAUAUUUGUAUUUUUAACAUCAGGUUGUCCAAAUUCAAAAGAAAAUGUAAACAUAUGGUUUUGAGUUAUUUAAAUGUAUAAUAAAAUUUAGCUGUUGAAUAUUUGUGUUUUUACAUACUUAAGCUAUAUCUUUGGAUAUUUGUAGGAUGUAUACAGGUAUGUAAAAAUCUGUAACAUAAUUAUUAUCAUCAAGGUAAAUCUUUCUGUAUAUUUAUUUAGCUGCUAAGCUUUUUGUGUAUUUAAAUGGACGAUUUAUUACUAUUAUUGUAUCAAGUACAAUUCAUGUAGAUAUCUUAUAGUAAAGUGGCAUUAUAAAUUUUACUGUUCUAGUUCCAUAAUACCGAGAAGUCCUUUAAAGUUUUUGUAUCAUUGUAAAUGCUGUAAUACUUUUCACGAAAGAUCAUGUUUUACCCUAAAUAUUUUCUUAUCUUUGAACUAGUAUGUAUAUGUUUGAAUGGAAUAGUGUGCUAAUAUUUAAUAGUACUAAGUAAAAUCUUUAAACA